ACACAUAUAUUUCUUCUUCUUCUUCUCCUUCGCUUUCUCCGUUCCGCUUCCUCUCUGACUUUGUUCUUUGGCAGGUCUGGUCAGUAACGAGUCGUCGUAACUCCCGAUCUCCAGCGAGCAUGAGCAUCGACGCGGCGGAUUCCUCAACCGGCGACGAUCGUAGCUGGAAUCUUCAGGAUCUCGACCAUGCUGCUGCGGUGUCGCGGAGCUCGUUGCUUGGUCCAUCGGAGCGGAAGAAGAAAUACAUCGAUCUCGCCAGCCGCAAGAUCGUCCUCUGGACUGUCGGAACGAUUCUCGCCGCCGGAUUUCUUGCCGGAUUCAUCACAUUGAACGUAAAAAAUGUGCCACGUCACAACCAUAAGCACUGGCCGCAGGAUAGUUACCCUAUCGCUCUCCACAAGGCUCUCGAGACAGCGUCGCGUCACCGGGACCAAACCCCGCCGCGGAAUAACUACACUGCCGCUCUCCACAAAGCUCUGAUGUUCUUCAAUGCUCAACGAUCUGGGGAACUACCGAAGCACAAUAACGUGCCAUGGAGGGGCGAUUCUUGCUUGCAAGAUGGCAAGGGAACUUCAGGGAGCUUCUACAAAGAUCUGGUUGGAGGCUACUACGAUGCAGGAGAUGCCAUCAAGUUCAACUUCCCCAUGUCUUUCGCCAUGACCAUGCUGAGCUGGAGCGUCAUUGAAUACAGUGCCAAAUACGAAGCUGCCGGUGAGCUUAGCCACGUUAAAGAGAUCAUCAAAUGGGGCACCGACUAUUUUCUCAAGAACUUCAAUAGCACCGCUGAUUCAAUCGAUAAUCUGGUGUCACAGGUUGGAUCUGGGGGUACUUAUGAAGGAAGUACAACUCCUAAUGACCACUACUGCUGGAUGCGGCCUGAGGAUAUUGACUAUGAAAGGCCCGUGUCAACAUGUAAUGGUGGGUGCUCGGAUCUUGCGGCAGAGAUGGCAGCUGCUUUGGCUUCAGCAUCCAUUGUCUUUAAGGACAACAAAGCAUAUUCGCAGAAACUUGUCCACGGUGCUAAGACGGUCUAUCAAUUUGCAAGGGCCCGGAGGGGCAGAUACAGUGCUGGUAAUGCUGAUAUUAGCAAGUUUUAUAACUCAACCAUGUAUUGGGACGAAUUCAUCUGGGGAGGAGCCUGGCUGUAUUAUGCCACUGGAAACAACACCUACCUUGAACUAAUCACGAAACCCGCUUUGGCCAAACACGCUGGUGCCUUCAAGGAUGGCCCAUACUAUGGUGUCUUUAGCUGGGACAACAAACUCCCUGGUGCCCAGUUGCUGUUGAGCCGGCUGAGAUUGUUCAUGAGCCCUCGAUACCCGUACGAAGGAGUUCUGAGUGCCUUCCACAAUCAAACCAACAUCAUUAUGUGCUCAUACCUGCCUUAUUUCAGAAAAUUUAGCAGAACUGAGGGAGGUUUGAUUCGGCUAAAUCAUGGACAUCCGCAGCCUCUCCAGUUUGCUGUAAAUGCGGCUUUCUUGGCCACACUUUACAGUGAUUAUCUCGAUGCUGCCGGUACUCCUGGAUGGUUCUGUGGACCUAACUUCUAUUCUACUGAUGUCCUGCGCGAGUUUGCGAGAUCUCAGAUUGAUUACAUCCUUGGUAAAAAUCCCCGGAAAAUGAGUUACGUUGUGGGCUUUGGCGAACGCUACCCGAGACGUGUGCACCACAGAGGAGCUUCAAUUCCUAAGAACAAAACCAGAUACAACUGCAGAGGUGGAUGGAAGUGGAGGGACAGCAAAAAACCAAACCCAAACACAAUUGUUGGAGCCAUGGUCGCGGGUCCCGACAAGCACGACGGGUUCCAUGAUGUCCGCACUAACUACAGCUACACUGAGCCGACUCUCGCUGGCAAUGCUGGUCUUGUCGCAGCCCUCGUGGCAUUGUCAGGUGACAGAGGUUCUGGAUCGAUCGACAAAAACACGAUCUUCUCCGCUCUUCCUCCCAUGUUCCCAACACCACCGCCGCCACCAGCACCUUGGAGACCUUAAGAAGCUGUAAUACAUUUGCUUUAUCGAGUGUGUUACAUAACCAUUGCGUUUUCCACGGCAUCAAUCACACGAGGAAGGUAUGGAAAUCAAGGGGUAAACAUCAUUGUCUGAAUACAAGUGAGGGAUUUGGUUCUGUUGGUUAGAUCUGGUCUGAAAGUUAAGAUUAGCAAAAACAAAACUUGGUCUUUUUUUUUUGUAUUUUCUUUUGAUCUUGUGGUGUAUAAAUCUAUAUAUGUAUCUGUAUAUGUAUGGUACUGAACCAAGUAUUCUUUGAAAAACAUCGAGUUCUGCUCAUUUCCAAUU